AUGCCCAGGCCAGGGAAGAGCUCGUACAGCGACCAGAAGCCGCCCUACUCCUACAUCUCCCUGACGGCCAUGGCCAUCCAGCACUCGGCCGAGAAGAUGCUGCCCCUGAGCGACAUCUACAAGUUCAUCAUGGAGAGGUUCCCCUACUACCGGGAGCACACUCAGCGCUGGCAGAACUCCCUCCGCCACAACCUCUCCUUCAACGACUGCUUCAUCAAGAUCCCGCGCCGCCCCGACCAGCCGGGCAAGGGCAGCUUCUGGGCGCUGCACCCCGACUGCGGGGACAUGUUUGAAAACGGCAGCUUCCUCCGCCGCCGCAAGCGCUUCAAGGUCCUGCGCCCCGAGCACCACCUGCCCGGCGGCGGCGGGCCGGGCGGAGGGGCGGGCGGCGGCGGCCCCGGCAAGCCCCCGGCGCCAACCCCGCAUAUGGUGCACUACUUCCAUCCGCACCCGCCGCCGCCGCCGCCGCCUCCCCCGGGCAAGGUGCCGGGGCUGGCGGGCUCCGAGGCAGCCGUGGCCGCCGCCGCGGCCGCCGCCGCGGUGGGGAGGCUGCCGCCGUUCUCGCCCUACGGGAGCAGCCAGCCCUCGGGCUUCAAGCAUCCCUUCGCCAUCGAGAACAUCAUCGGCAGAGAUUACAAGGGUGUGCUGCAGGCCGGCGGGCUGCCGCUGGCCUCGGUGAUGCACCACCUGGGUUACCCGGUGCCCAGCCAGCUCAGCAGCGUGGUGAGCUCCAUGUGGCCGCACGUGGGGGUGAUGGACUCCGUGGCCGGCGUGCCCGUUUCCCCCGACUACGGACCCUUCGGGGUGCCCGUGAAGGCGCUCUGCCACCCGCCGUCCCAGACCAUGCCCGCCGUCCCGGUGCCCAUCAAGCCGGCGCCGGCGAUGCCCGCUGCCCCGGCCAUCCCCGCUCUGACGGUCGCCGCCUCGCAGAUCUGCCCCGCCGCUUCCCCGGCCGCCGCCUCGCUGCUGGAGCAGGCAGCGAGCAGCGCCCCCGAGGGCAAGGGCUCCCUCCACUCCGUCCUGGUGCACUCCUAA